GCGACAAUGCCGGCAGUGGCGAAGGUAAACAAGGGUGAUUGAGGUUAUGCUACGAGUUUCAUGCUUUCAUUGGUGGAUAUCACUUUUUAUGCUUUAUUUACAAUUAUAAAAUAUGUGGGAUAUUUGUGUUUUAUCCGUUAAUAUCUUAUGUCACCCUCGCGUAAUUUUUUCUGUCCAGUGAUAAAGCGGAUUGCGUUGGUUUUCAAUCUCGUCGCUUUAUCUACAUAAGCGUGAAACAUGGAAGAGAUUGAUUAUAAAUUGAGAUCAAAGAAUCCUAUUUUGAUAUCACAUGCGACAUCCAAACUGAUUGAGAUAAUUAAAAAGAAAUUGGAAACGGAAGAAAAGAAUAUUUCAAACAUAUCAGAAUUUAAAUUACUCUCGUCUAAAUGCAACAGUGAGGAUUCUAUAGUUAGCACAUCUGCGUGCCAAGCAUUGGUUAUACUUGGCGAGACUGGAUUAUGGGACAUCAAGUGUGCAUUAGCAACAUUUAUGGCAUGCUUAUCUUCUUCAAAAAAUUAUCAGGCAGUUACUGUGGCAGUAAGUCGAUUGUUGAUAUUAGAUUGGAAGUCGCACGAUAAAUGCAUUGAAUACACUCUCGAAGUCCCUACUCAGCAUCCAUUUAUCACGAUCCUGAUUCAGGAAAAGCUCAGCUGGAGAUCUGUACUGAAUCAAAUGAAGUUCAUCAUGCAUCAUCAUGAUAAACAAGUUAUGGAGCAGAGUGUGGAACUACUGCGACCAGUAUUCGUGCACGUACUGUGCAAUCCUUCCAUAGAUUCGUAUGAGAGUUUCAAACGGGAGGCAUGGGAGCUCGUAAUUAAAUCUAGCAACACUACAAAUUUACGAACAGAGAUCUUACUCUGGCUGUGCACUAAUCGAGCGGACACUUGCAUUGAUGCAAAUUGCCGAGUUCUGGAGCUCGCGGAUAUGACGUUGUCGAAAAGAGAUAAGGAGUUGUGUACCGCGUUAGUACCUUUAAUCGCAUCUUUGACGAUACAGCUUUUGGAACACGGUCAUGAACCUGUAAAAAAUUUUUACACGAUAUUGGAUCUCUUCGAAUGCUGUUACAAUUACAUAGGAAAUAUUACGAUAGUUUUGAUGGCAGAAAUAAUUUUGAUAUGUCCUGCAGCUUAUUUACCUGACGCCCUUCAAAUAUGUACAGUUAUCGUGGACAGAAUGCCGUGCCACGUUAUAUUAUUAAACACGUUAGCUGCAGCCUUGAUAAAGUGGUUGGCCUAUCCAUCGUUAUUGUGCUCUGAUGCGUUAGUGACAGCGAAAAAAUUAUUAAUCAAGAUAAUGUCCCAAAAGAAAACAGACAGUGGUAACGGUACUAUUUCAAAUAAGAUGCUGUUCAUAUUCAGCUAUAGCAAUGGAUACAUCCAAUUUUAUAUGGAACUCAUCCGCAGUCUAUAUUCUGUGGAAGCUGACACUCUGUCAUGGCUGGAGAACUUGUCUCUCGCACCAAUAGAUCUGAGAUACAUGUGUAAACUGGUCCUGUGCGGGAUCUUCCUGCGUAGCGACGAACCUCUCGUUGUGCAGAAAGUCUGCCAUAUUCUCGUGCAAAUAGCGACGGAGAUCAACUUCUUCGCGUCGCACGCGCUGUCCCUGUUGCUGCAUAAAUUAACUAGAACUCAUGAUAGCUACAUGCUGAAAUAUCUGUUGCUGUCUGUGCCGGAGUUUGCCAUGACUAAGGAAAAUCUACCAAUCGUUAUCCACACAUUGGAUACGCUACUGAACAGCGGCAAGUCGCUGAAAUAUUUUGCAAUCCAGCUUUAUCUGAAGGCGUUGGAGAAGGAGCCGCGCUGUUAUCGCUUCAUAUCCACCGCGCUGAUGGACACCAUGGAGAAAGAUCACAGUUGGCGCUCGAACGUGGCAUGCGCUCGGGCGAUAAAGUACAUUUGCGAGAACCGGCCCGCGCACGGUGAGGAACUUGUGCCGUUGCUGUCGCAAAUCCUGAAUCGAUGCGUUGAUCUGAACAGCGGUGCGGCCAGUGCGCUCGCGCUCGACAGCAUCUCGGCCCUAUGCAAGUCCACAGUGAUAGGCAUUUAUUCUACGUGGCAAGUGUUAGCACCGAAGAUGCGCAAGGAGAAGCGUACGAUAGUCCUGGAAAGUCUGUGCGAUCUUUUUGCCAAUAUUCCCUCGUACUUGUUUCGUACGAGCGAGGAUCAUGACAGACUCAUCGUCGACGUCGUGACUCUUUUGUGGGGCUACACGGUCGGCGAUGACAUGAGGGUCGCGAGAGCGGCGUUCAAGGCAUUAAGGUCUUACCAGAUAGAACGAAUUCCUCCGAGUGCUAUGCCUUCAGACUUCCUAUCGGACAUUGGUGUACAGCGCGCAUCCGGAAAGACAGAUAAUAAAGAUAACGAGCCCGCGGACCUGCCGCAAUACAUACCGGGCACUUGUUGGAUCCAGAUGCUGAAGAAUGUGAACAGAAGUGCCCUAUCGGCGGCCGGAGAUCUUCUAAUUUUCUAUAUUGGGGACGAAUUGAAUGGCUUCAGAUCGCGAAUAUAUACUUGGCCACAAGGAGAACCGCAAAACUUUAAGUAUCUGCCAGAGAAAAGCGUGAUAAGGGCCGUCGGCGAGUAUUUGAGACGAAGCGACAAGGCGGAUCGGAAUAAUCACAUAAUCAUAGUCGAGUGUUUGCGUAUAUUCGCUCAUAAGCACAAGAAGCCGUUGCCAAACAUAAAGUGGGACUUCUUGAAAGAAACCAUGCAGAUAUCGGAGGCAGCUAAGGAGUAUAGCUUGUCUAUCGCGAGUCGUCAUUGUCAAAUCUCGGCGUCGGCGAAAUUGUUGACGGAAAGUUUCUUAUCUAUGUAUGCGACCGUAUCAGAAAUCGAUCGAUUAUUGCUGGACGAGAAACACUUGGUGCUCUACUCGAAUUUGGAGCACCUAUGCCACGCUAUUUCGCCAAAUAACUUAAAACAAUUUCUCGAAACUUCUCUCUUUUAUAUCAUUAACAAAAUCUUGUUGAAUGAUAAAAAGUAUAUUCAUCUAUUCAAUUACAUCAUGUCUUCUUAUGUCACCGCUUUCAAAAGCAACGAUAUACAAAUGGGAAAUCGCACGUUGCUGACUACGCUUUUGGACGAGAUAUCGGGAAAAAUCGACUUAACGUCCAAACAUUUCGAGAAAUAUUUUGCGGCUGUGAUGGAAUUGUUAAUCAGGGAUGUCGAAAGAAUGACAGCGCCUGGCACCUGGUGGGAAGUAACCCGAGAAAGACUGAAAACCGCUAUCGCUAUUAGAGUCCAGACAGCCUUCAAGGGAAAUAUCAACGAGCCAUUCGCCUGGCUGAAUGAACUUGUCAACGUAACCAAGUCUAAUCCUGAGAUGCAAAAAUAUUUAUUAGAAAAUAUACAAAAAGUGCAAGCUGACUUAAGAUCGGAGAAAUUCUGCGAUCUUGAAAUACAAAAAGAUUGGAUUUUAGAUUUUAUAAGACACAUCGAUGCGCUUAUGGUGGGAACUCCAGAUGAAAAAAACAAUAUAACUUUUUACUGUGAUAUUUUAUUUGUCUUGGUUAUCUGCUUGUCCGGCAUGGACUGUUUCCUGCCGAAUAAAGAAUUGCUAAUUACUUCGCAAGACAUUAGGAUAAGACUGUUUCCACAGGCGAUCUCUAUGCUUGUUGAUCGACAAAUGUGGAAAUCCAUAAUACGCCAGAUUAUGAAAUGGCUGAAUCACAUGAGGAGCAGUUCCGUACCUGAUGUAUAUAUACUUGCAUUUCAAAGCGCAUUGAUUUUAUUAAGGCAUGAAGACGACUAUAACUCAGAAUGGAAAAAUUAUUUGUCAGUCAAAACUCGUUUUCAAUAACUAAUGAAAUAUAACAAAUGA